AUGUUGGAUCUUAACGGUUUUUUAGUUCAUUAUGACUUGAACUAUAUCAAAAUCAUAUUUUUGCUCUUGGCAGCUACACAUUUUUUGUUAGGAAUAUUAGUGAAUUGGUUUGAAAAAUUUCUUCCAUCACUCGUACUUAAUAUGUAUAAGUAUGGUAAACUUAAUGGAAAACAUUCUUUUACUCCAGAUUAUGUUCCUAAGAGUUGGUUUCGUCACUUUUAUGUGUUUGCCAGCAUCAGUUCAAUAUUUUCAUUUUUGUUAUUAUUUUUAACAUACUUUAAUCAUUCCUACGGAAUCAAUGAGAAUCUAAGGGUUAUAUUAUCUUUUUUUGGUGGUAGCCAAAAAAAACUAACUGUGUCUGCAGAUGCUUCGUUCAUUGCAAUGGGCUUGAUGACUCUGCAUUGCUGUAGAAGGUUUUAUGAAACACACUUUAUAAGUGUUUUUUCUGAUUCCAAAAUGAAUAUUGGUGUGUAUUUUGUUGGCCUCUUCCAUUAUUUUGGAGCUAUUCUGGCUAUUCUCUGUGAAGCUCCAGGAAUCCUAAAUAGAGGUGACUUUGAGGCUAUGAAUUAUAAUUUUUCCUUGAGGCAUCUUUUAGGGGCUCUGGUAUUCUUUUGGGCCAAUAAAACACAGUUUGAUUCUGCAGUUAUUCUUGGGAGACUUAGGAAAAAUGAGAAAGGGAAAAUCAGUACGACCAAACACUUCAUACCUCAUGGGAAAUAUUUUGAAUUGGUGUCUUGUCCUCAUUUAAUGUGUGAAGUAGUGAUCUAUCUCUCUUUGUGGACCAUUUUGUGGGGCAAUACUAACUGGCCUUACGUUACUUUAUGGGUUAUGGCAAAUCAGAUCGAGUGUGGUCUGUUAAGUCAUUGGUGGUACAAAGAAACUUUCAAAAACUAUCCUAAGGUUAGGAAGGCAAUUAUUCCUUACGUUCUUUAA